UCGACACCUGGCAGCAUAGCCUACUCGAAGACGACGAAAAUGACUUACAAAUACAAGAUUACUUAUCAUGUCAUCAUCUGUGUAGUAUUUCAGUGGCUACAUUCUGUUAUUACCAAGCCUGCAACUGGCUGCAACUGGAGCAACAUUCCUCAAUGCCCAUCAUCAUAUAUAGCAGGGGAAGCAAGUAAACUGGACUGCUUUAGGUUGUUUGGUAAACACGGGAAUUACCAGUGUGUGUGGGAGCCUGGGGAGUCCUUAAAUAUCUCCAGAUUCAAACUGCUGGUAGAAGCACCAAAAGGCAGUUCCAGGCUACUUUGUAAAGACCACAGGAUCACAGGAACAUCUGUGUCUAUAGGAAAGUUGAGCACCAAUAAAAAUGUGAAAAUGACAGCUCGUGUUACUGAGAAUGGGAUGAAUUGCACCAUGGCAACGUUCGAGGGCUCCCCUGCACAUAUGAUUCGCUGUCGUGCUGUUGACGUGGAAUUACAGCGUGGGUCUGGACAACUGUUUGUUAAAGCAAGUUGGGAUGCUGGAAAUGAUAUACAAAAGUAUUUUGUAAAGUAUCGAGAGUACUCCAUAUACAACUUGAAGAAUGAGUCAUGGACAAUGGAGUUGUCCCAACAUAAGCAAGACCACGCCAUAAAGAAUCUCAACUCAUCCGUGUUAUAUGAUGUGCAAGUGCAGUGUGUCAACACAUCAAAAUGUACCCAGUGUGCACCAAGCAGAGUCGACACUGUGCCUCAGGAACUUACCAGAGCACCUAUUGUAAAGUGUAAUGUGGAUGGAGUUCACCAGGGGAGGAGAAAAGUAACCAUAUCAUGGGAGUCUCCGCCAUCUCUGGGCGUGGCACAACACAAUGUGAGAGUGCAGAAGGUGUCUGGAGAGUUCAACGAGACCUUCGUAACACAGAGUAACGACUCCUCCAUGAGCCUCCUUCUCUCCCACUCAGCCUAUCGUGUCAGCCUCAACUCGAUAAACAACGUCUCAGAGUCGCCGAGGACUCCCUGUGCCAUAGAGACAGCCCUGGAGGAUAUGCAAAUCGGAGGAGCCUUGAAGGUGACAUUCAACAGCAAUCACAGUUUUAAGCUCUCGUGGAAUGGCAGCCUAAUGAAUGUGUACGAGUGCUACACUGUGGAGUGGUUCCUGAAGGGAGACAAUGCAACAACGUUCACGUCCUUCUACUCUAACAUAAACCAAACAUUGAAAGACAUUGAAAAAGAGACGCCUUUCCUUCCCUACAAGAGAUACAUAUUUCUCCUGCACGGCAAGCCAGAAAAAAACACCUGCAACCUCAAGCAACUUAACAACAGUGACAUCACGUGUGGAUGGACAGAAGCAUACUUGCUGGAAGGAACCCCAGUCAGUGGUCCACGGAAUGUUAGCCACUCCAAUGUGACGGACAGCUCUGCGAUCAUCACAUGGCUUCCCGUCCUAGAGGACGAGCUGCAGGGUUUUCUGCAGGGAUACCUGCUCUACUUAUUCAAUGGAGACACAAAGUCAAACAUAACGUUGGGCCCCGACGUCAGCAGCUGUAAGUUAACAGGUCUGAAGAGUGGGAGUGACUACCGUGUUGAGGUGGCGGCCUUCACAGCCAGAGGAGAGGGGAAACGCAGUCUGCCCUUAUACUUUGGAACAAAUCCAUCAGACACAGACCCUAGUAGUUGGAUUGUGAUCGGCUCAGUGAUUAUAGGGGUCACCAUAAUCCUGGUUGCAGUGCAUCUUUGCUUUCGUGUGACCGACAGGGCAAAGGAAGUGUUGUGGCCAAGCGUACCUAACCCAAGCAACAGCAGCGCCAUUCAGAAAAUUGACAGAGAGUAUGAACUGGAGCCAAUGGUGUUCAUGAACGGCCCGACAAUCCAAGAACACUGGGACUCUGGACCUCUGUACCUGACGGACUACAGGAAGGAGAACCAGAAGGAAACAGCAUCGAACCAUCUCUUGGGCAAGCACAGUUGCAAUGCAUCAAGUCAGGGCUUUGACAGUGAAGACACGGUGAGCCCAUCCAGUGGGAUGGAAAAACAGGAAACAUGUCUUCCAUCUACAGACUUCACGGCCAUUGAGGUAGACUCCACGCCUCCGAAGUGUGGCAUCACAGAGUCGGGCACGACGGACAUCACAGACACACCCUGCCAAAAGACAGAGGCGGCUGUAGCCGUUGGAGCCACCGCCCUGGCUGGUUGUGAUGCCAGACCGGUGGCAGUGGCUUUCAUGAGCGACUACACCACCAUGGAGCUGUUCCAGCAGCAGGCCAACAUGGCCGUGCAGGCAGAGUCCCACCCUUGCCAGCCUGUGAGCUCCAUGCCAGCCUGCUUCCCAGCAGCAGGGUUGGACUACGUCCACCAGUCCCAGUUUUACACGCCAGAGUCGUGGCCUGACGAGACACAUGGAACUGUAAACUAGAUACAUUCAAUGUGUGUAUAUACUGUAUAUAUAUGUGUAUGUGUAUGUGUGUGUGUGUGUGUGUGUGGACACCAUUGUUUUUGAAUCAUUGAAAUGGUAAUAUAAUUGAUCAUACAUACUGUACAUUGCUUAUUGCCCUGGGAGGUAUUCCAAGUACGUGGUUUAGAGACAAACCUGAGUACAGUACGUCAACUCAGAGUAAGUGGUAAACCUCCUAAUAGAAGAUCUGUAUGGCUUCACUCUCCCAACAAAACAAUGUCAUAGGGCUCACGUUGUAGGUGGAGGUUUUACCACUCACUCUGAGGUUUGUCAGUAAAUCAUGUACUUCACUGCAAAAAGUACAAUUUAACCAAGUGGUUUUAAUCUUAUAUUAAGAUAAAAAAAAAAAAUCGGUAACACUACUCAUACCAACCCUUUCAGGAAUGUGGAAGACAAAACGUCAAAAACUUGUCAAAAUAAAGAAUUGCGGUAACACUUUACUUGACGGGUUCAUUCAUAACACAUUCAUAGAAGCGGUCAUGAACUGCACAUGAAGCAUUCAUGACUGAUUCAUGAAACAUGACCCAACAUUCAUACCAACACUUUCAUGAAUGUGGAAGACAAAAGAAUGAAAACUUGUUGUUAAAGAAAUUAUUAUAUUAUUAUCAUUGUUAAGGACAUUUAGGUGUGUCUCACAGUUAUCUUGCAAACUAUUCAUGUAUACGUGCACUGCCUCACAGUUAUUUUGCCAAUAUUUUAUGUAUACGUGCACUGCUUUUGCAACGAUCAUUUUUGCCAACAUUGUCCUUAUGUGCGUCAAGGGAAACAGAUGUACCUGCAAAAGCAGGAUAUGGGAGUUAGGACGAAUAAGGACAAGGCCACACUUCUUUCAAUAAAAAGUUACCCUGACAUUCAGAGGACAGAGACUGUUCAUGAAAGGGUUGGUAUGAAGGUUGAGUCAUGUUUCAUGAAAGUGUCAUGAAUGCUUUAUGUGCAAUUCAUGACAGCUGUUAUGAAUGUGUUAUGAACGAACCCGUCAAGUAAAGUGUUACCCUUACCUUGUGCUCUCUCAAAAGAUUUUUGACUUAAUGUAAGAAGACUUUGGGAUCUAUUGUGGCGAUCUAAAAUGCAUGGUCAGUGGUGAAAAGCUUAAAUACAUCUGGAGGUGUGGCAUGCACAAGAGUGGUAAAAAAUGGCGCUUAUGUGACGUACAAUGUGAACCCCCCUUCUUAUUCAGCGCCACAUUUGAAGGAAUCUGCUGGCACAUGCCAGGUAUAGAACAGGUAUUCUAUUAAACCGUGCUUUACUAAAACCAAGCAGAGCUAUUAUUUUAACUCAUUGGCAAAGUGAAACUAACUUCACCGUGGUCUCAUAGUCAAUGACAAAAUACAAGUAGCUCUACACAGUUAAUUACUUUCACUAUUGACUGACAAGACCCAUUAUUGUGAAAGGCUUGCGUGCACAAGAACUGGCCUGCCUACGCAAAGCGCAGCGCAAGCAGCAUUUUGAACCAUGUUGAACUUUGACCGCGGCGUGCUGUAAAUCAGAGGCCUUUUUACGCUGAGCCCGGCAGCAACCACAACAAAAAUCUUUGGGACAUACAGUAACUUCCCGCAUAUAAGCCGCAUUGUGUAUAAGCCGCAGGAGAGUGUUUUAUUCAAGUUAAAACCAUAUUAACUGCCCCCCUGUAUUAACCUCAUAGCUGAAGAAAUGUUGCAAAAUCAAUGUAUAAGCCGCGGUUAAUAGUCGGGAAAUUACGGGUAACCUCAAUCAAGAGCAACCGAGCGGCGAGUGCAGUGCAUGCCACAUACCAUGUGGAUCCCCAGCUAUUGACAGAGUUGUUGUUUGGGACAGCUUCUUAAGGGCUGCUUACAUCUUGUGACAGUGUGCCUUCAGCUGUGCUUUACAUACACCUUUUACUAUUAUUAUUAUAUAGACCAGGUUUUGUUGGUCAGUGGCGUAAUGAUUUUUAGAGGAUGCAAGAUAGCGAUAUUUGAAUCACGCACCAGAUCACACCCUCUGCUACACCCCUGAGUGCAAGGCUUAAUAAACUGAAGAGCAUUGCGCAAAAUUCGAGUGUAAGAUAGGAAUAGGCUUUGCGCUUUCCAAUAAUCAAAAUAGAGCCAAAUGAAGACAAAUUUGCUUGUUUUCAAAAUGAGUCUCAAAAUAAGUCAAACUCCUAAAUUAAAUCAAAUUAUUUUUUUAACAAAGGGCCACGCAAGUCUCUUUGUACUGCAAACUAUACCAACUAGAUUUUUUUUAUCUUGAUAAAAGAUUUAUAACACUUGACUAGAUUUUAUUAGAUAAACAGUUUUUGCAGUGUUGGAAUACCCACGUACAACAGAUGCCAUCACUUUCAACUACUGACCCUAAUUUGUAUUGUUUAGGACACUGACAGAAUAAUGUACUGAAUGAAUAACCUAAGGAACAAGUUUCAAAAAUGGCCUUUUCACCUACACAUGCCCCCAAAAUGUGUAAGAUGUAUUUGACCUUGAGUAAAAUGUCAACAAGGGCAAGACAACCGAAAAAUUUAAGAGAACCA